AUGGUCUCUGCGCUCUUGCUCCUCGGUGCUCUCCCCAUCGCGUCUGCGUAUCCCUGGGACGCGCCGUCCGCCUCCCCGUAUGCGGGUUCGGCCACCAGCGACGUAUAUCCACCUCCGACAGCGACAUUCUCGAGCUAUGAGACAUACUUUCCGGACGAGGAGCAGGUUGGCUUUGCUGGUCCUACACCCACCGGUGCUGAGCCAGACGCCAUCCAGACGGCCCCUGCCGCUGCCAUGAAAGUGGACACCUACCCUCUCAUCAACCCGUACACGGGUGAACCGGGCGUUAACCCCGAGUUCAACCCGAUGCGCUACUGGGGGAAUCUUGCUCCUUGGUGGUCCGUUGGAGGCGCGUUUGGGCUCCCUGACACGACCCCACAAAUCCCCGAAAGCUGCGAGCUCACGCAGGUGCACCUUCUCCAGCGCCACGGUGCGCGCUACCCCACCGAUGGCUCAGGCCCGAGUCAGUUCGCCGCGACCUUGAACUCGAUCGCGAAUAGUACUGGCUUCACCGCUACUGGUCCGCUCGCCUUUUUAAACACUUGGACGUACAAACUCGGCGCGGAGGUUUUGACGCCGUUUGGUAGGCAGCAACUAUACGACCUCGGCGCUGCGUUCAGGGUCAAGUAUGGUGAAUUGUUGAAUGGUUUCGAGGGUCUUCCGGUGUUUCGUACCACAUCUGAAGAUCGUAUGGUUCAGUCCGGCCUGAACUGGGCUGCCGGAUUCUUCGGUGUGCAAGAAUACUCGACUUCCUACUAUGAGGAAAUCAUAAUUGAGGAGGAUGGGUAUAACAAUACUCUUGCCCCAUGGAACGCAUGCCCCAACGGCAACAAUGAUAUCUACGAGAUGGGCUCAUGGUAUCAGGGUAACUGGACGGAAGUGUACCUCAAGGACACCGUGAAGCGUCUGCAACAGUAUAUUGACGGUGUCGAGCUGGAUACUUCGAACGUGUAUAUCAUGCAAGAGCUGUGCGCGUACGAGACCGUGUCGAUUGGCUACUCUGCAUUCUGUGACUUGUUCACUGAGGAGGAAUGGGAGGGCUUCGAGUACUCCCUCGAUGUUCAAUUCUGGUACGGCUACGGCCCUGGAAAUCCCGCUGGUUCCGCGCAGGGCAUUGGCUAUGUCCAGGAACUCGUUUCGCGUCUCACCGAGACUCUACUAACCGAAUUCAACACCACCACAAACGGUACUCUAGAUGGUAACACUGUUACAUUCCCGCUUGAUCAGCCGAUCUACAUGGACGCUACCCACGACACUGUCAUUGCAUCUAUCAUCACGGCCAUGAACUUCACUACAAUGGCCAGGAACGGACCUCUUCCGGUCGACCACAUUCCAGCUGAUCAGACGUACUUCACGAACCUUAUUGCUCCGUUUGCGUCGAAUCUCGUCGGUCAGGUCAUGACUUGCCCUGUUUCACCCGGUUCUUCACACACAGAAAAGUACAUUCGCUUCUUGCUCAACGACGGGCCCGUCCCGCUCACGGGCAUUGCACACUGCGAGACGCCUAACAAGGACGGGCUGUGUCUCCUUGACAACUUCAUCGCGGGCAUGCAGCAGCGUAUUCAGGAAGUGAACUUCCAGUAUGACUGCUUCGCGAAUUACCCGCCUCCAUACCCUGAUUUACUCACUAACGGACGGAUGUGGAUCUGA